AUGGCGGAUGUGGAGGUGGGGUUGGUGAAGAUGGAGGUGGGGUUGGUGAAGAUAGAGGUGGAGAUGUUGUUUAAGAAUUUAGUGGUCGAUUUCGAAUUGAAGAUGAUUAUAUCGGAUUUAUCUAAAAUCAGUGUGAAUCAAGGAUCAAGUUGUGGUGAUUCAUCGAAUAUUAGUGUUGUAGAAGUUUCUCGUGCUGUUUGUUCAACUGGAAGUAAUGAUUCGGUAGACAAUUACACUGUUUCUCCUGGUGGUAUGAGGUAUUAUAUACCUAGUUGUGUUGAUGCAGUUGAUACUCCAGUUUGUAAUCAGGUUUUUGAUAGUUUGGAAAAGGCUUACCGGUUUUACAAGGAGUAUGGCAGAUUGGGUGGUUUUGAUGUUCGAAAAGCAACUGAAAAGAAAGAUUCUGAUGGUACGAUAAUAUUGAAGCACUUUGUUUGUAGUAAAGAAGGUUUUAAUGAGGUUAAGUUUGGAAAUUCAGAUGAAGUUGUAGCUAAAGGAGUUAGGGGAAGACGUACUGUAACACGUAGAUGUGGAUGUAAAGCCAAAUUUGUUGUUAAGAUUACGAGUCAAAAUAGAUAUUAUGUGUUAAAUUUUGUAGAACUUCACAAUCAUACAUUGGCGAGUGAAACUGGUAGGCAAUUUCUGAGGGCUAGUAGAGAGAUGACAGUUGGUUUGAGGAGUAUAGUAUUUGAUGCUGCAAAGGUUAAUAUUGGUUGCAGCAAGACGUUUAGUUUGGUGAAGGAAAUGACUGGUGGCUAUGCUAAUGUUGGUGCUACAUUACGCGAUUUUCGGAAUUUUGACAGGGAUUUGAAGGAGUUUGUUGGAGAAAGGGAUGGCCAGAUGUUGAUUGACAAGUUUAGAGUAAUGCAGGAGACAUCCAAAUCAUUUUAUUUUGCUCAUGAAGUUGAUGCUGAGGGUCACUUAACUAUGCUUUUCUGGGCUGAUCCAGUUGGGAGGAGAAACUUUGAAAUUUAUGGUGAUGCUGUGUCAUUUGAUGCCACAUUUGAUACAAACAAGUACAAUAUGAUUUUUGCUCCUUUUACUGGUGUUGACAAACAUGAUAGAUGUGUCACAUUUGCUGCUUGUUUGUUAUCAAAAGAAGAUAUUUGUCAUUAUAAUUGGGCUUUUAAACAAUUUGUCAAAGCUAUGGGACGAAAUCCUGUUGUGUUUAUUACUGAUCAGUGUCCAGCAAUGAAAGUAGCUGUGCCGGUUUCAUUUUGUGGAGAUAAUGAUUUGGUUCCUAGUAAACAUCGCCUUUGUAUGUGGCAUAUUAUGCAAAAAUUUCCAAUCAAGGUUGGCAAUCGAUUGUGUAAAGAAACAGAUUUCAUGGAAAAAAUGAAAAAGUACAUAUGGUCGUCAAAUUUGGAAAUUGAAGAAUUUGAAAAUGGAUGGCAAUCAGUGAUAAAAGAAUUCAAUUUGGAAGAUAAUAAAUGGUUGGCAGAUAUGUACGAAAUAAGGAAGUCUUGGAUUCCUUCGUAUUUCAGGGACAAUCCUAUGUUUGGCUUGAUGAGAACUACUUCAAGGUCCGAAAGUGAAAAUUUCUUCUUUGGACAGUUUCACAGGCAAGGUGAUACAUUAUGUGAAUUCUGGUUACGUUUUGAGAGUGCAAUGCAUAGGCAGCGGAAUGAGACUGAACGGCUAGAUCAUGAGUCUAACUCAGGCAAACCAAAUACUUUGUCGAGAUGGUUUCUUGAAGAUGAUGCUGCUGACUUGUUUACACGGACAAUCUUUUACAAAGUACAAGAAGAGAUUUUGGCGUCUUGCUUGGAAAUGCAAAUUAAAAGGAUGAGUGAAGAGGUUGAUGGUGUAACUCAAUUGGAUAUAAAGGAUGUGAAAGUUAAAGAUAAACUUUUCAAAGUAGCUGUUAGCAGAACACAUGCUGUAUGUUCAUGCAAAAAAUUUGUUAUGUGUGGAAUUCUUUGUAGACAUGCGUUUUGUGGUUUGAAGCAAAUAGGUGUCACAAAAUUUCCUCGAAGUCUUGUGCUUAAUCGGUGGAUGAAGAUUGCAGAGUGCGGCACUUCAUCUCAAUCAGUUGCAUUAUCUUCUGAUUUUUUUAAAAUGGAGCAAGUGUCAUUGAAAUUGACUAAUUUGUGGUUUGAUUUUCGGCAAACUCUUAACAAGGCUGGAGUUCAAAUGGAUAAGCUUGAUUAUGUGCAUAAAAUCAUAAAGCAGAUUACUACUGAUCUCGAAAAUUGUGGUGGAGAUGGUGCUGAUUUUAGUAAGAGAGAUCAUAUUGCUGCCAUGGUUGGUGAACAGCCUGUUGGAGAUGUAAGUAUACUUGUGCCGAAUGUUUGCAAGAAUAAGGGAAAUUAUUUUAAACGGCUUAUUAGUGAGAGAGAGAAAGCAUUGAACAAAGCGAACAAAAGGAUCCGAAGGUGUAAGGAAUGCUCGGGCACGAAUCAUGAUUCAAGAACUUGUCCGAGGAAGAAGACAGGAAGCACAGAUGCAAGAGCUGACAACCAAUCUUGA